GAUCAGAAACCUAAUCGGCCCUUUCCGGCUCCUGGAGGCCUAGCACCAGGAGCAGCCGGAGCAGAGGCUGCAGAAUUUGUGAUGAAGGAAGGAGACUUUAGAGCCACGGGGUCCUGAAUUCAAGUCCUAAGGCUGCCACUUGCUCACUGGGUGACUUCCGGCAAGAGACACAUCACCUCUCUGAGGCUGUUUCCUCAUCUGGAGAGUGGGGUGACAGCUUCAGCUCCUGUUGAAGGUUGCAGGAGGAUCCAGCUCUCUCAGACGACUGUGGGUAUGUGCAAGGGGCCCACCCCUGAGUCCAGAUGAUACUCAUGCCGAUGGCUUCAAUGAUGGCCGUGGCUGAACCAAAAUGGGUCCCAAUCUGGGGCCGCUUCCUGUGGGUGAUGCUGCUGAGCAUGGUGCUGGGGUCCUUGCUGGCCCUGCUGUUGCCACUGGGUGCCAUGGAGGAGCAGUGUUUGGCCUUGCUCAAAGGCUUCUACCUGCUCGGGAGCAAGUUGGACAGGGCACAGCAUGCCGUCACCAAAUGUACCAGCCCAUCCACAGAACUCAGUGUCACCUCCAAGGAUGUGGCACUGCUGGGGGUCAAGACCAAGUCCUCUCCAGCCGCUAGGUUGGAAGCCAAAGCAGCUUUGAACCAAGCCCUGGAAAUGAAGCGCCAGGGCAAGCGGGAGAAAGCCCACAAGCUCUUCCUACACGCCCUGAACAUGGACCCCGACUCCGUGGACGCACUCACUGAGUUCGGCAUCUUCUCCGAAGAAGAAAAGGACAUCAUCCAGGCGGACUAUUUGUACACCAGAGCACUGACCAUCUCACCCUCCCACCAGAAAGCGCUCAUCAACCGGGACCGGACGCUGCCGCUAGUAGAGGAGAUCGACCAGAGGUACUUCAGCAUCAUCGACGACAAAGUGAAGAAGGUCAUGUCCAUCCCCAAGGGCAACUCCGCGCUGCAAAGGGUCAUGGAGGAGACGUACUACCAUCACAUCUACCACACGGUUGCCAUCGAGGGCAACACCCUCACCCUCUCGGAGAUCAGGCACAUCCUGGAGACCCGCUAUGCCGUGCCGGGGAAAAGCCUGGAGGAGCAGAACGAGGUCAUUGGCAUGCACGCGGCAAUGAAGUAUGUCAACACGACACUGGUUUCCCGCAUGGGCUCCGUCACCAUCAGCGACAUACUGGAGAUCCACAGGCGGGUGCUGGGUUAUGUGGAUCCCGUGGAAGCUGGCCGGUUUCGGACGACACAGGUCCUUGUGGGACACCACAUCCCUCCCCAUCCUCAAGAUGUGGAAAAGCAGAUGCAAGAGUUCAUACAGUGGCUCAACUCCGAGGAUGCUAUGAAUUUGCACCCGGUUGAGUUUGCAGCCUUGGCCCAUUAUAAACUCGUUUACAUCCACCCCUUCAUUGAUGGCAAUGGAAGGACCUCACGCCUGCUGAUGAACCUCAUCCUGAUGCAGGCGGGCUACCCACCCAUCACCAUCCGCAAGGAGCAGAGAUCCGAGUACUACCAUGUACUGGAAGUCGCCAACGAAGGCGACGUGAGGCCAUUCAUUCGCUUUAUUGCCAAGUGUACGGAGACCACCCUGGACACCUUGCUCUUUGCCACAACAGAGUACCCUGUGGCACUGCCGGAGGCCAAACCCAACCUCUCUGGGUUCAAGGAGACGCUGCCUGUGAAACCUUAACCCUUUAAACCCUCCCUUGGUGAUGGGACUUCCGGGGGAGAGAAAAAUCAACUUAUCAUUUCUAGAAACCUUGUCACCUCCCAAAGCAAAAGGAGACAGAUAAGGAACUUCAACACUUUACCUCCAAAUGUUUUUUUAGUUAAAACAGAAAAAAACUAAAUUAUUAAGCCUUGUCGCUAAGAUAACUUAUAAUUCAGACAAGUUAUUUAUUUUCUUCUUUUGAGCCAGUAAAUGUGUGGUGUCUGCCAACAGUGCUAGUGGCCCACUCUUGUGGUCAUCCCAGCAGGUGUUGGGGGUACCAGUGCUCCUUGUGUGACCAAACCAGGUUCUGGGGAAUUUGCACUAAGGUGGGGAGAGGCCAAGACCAGGACGAGGUCCAGAGACACAGGACUGACUCCUCCCGGUCUUUCCGCGAGACUGGCCGAAAGGUUCCGUGCCUCUACCUGGGAUAUCAGCACUCCCGGGGAGAACCUGGUCCCGUUUCUGAGAAGUGAUGGAAAGCUUGCUUGCUUAGAGGUUUUUGCUUUCCUACGGAGAGAUUAGUCCUGUGGCUAAUUCUUACUGGCCAGGCAGACUUCUGAGAUAUAAAAUGAAAUGAGUAUUGACAGCAUUUCUGGUUCAAUACCUUGCUUAUUUCAGGGAAGAGCCAUAGUUUGCAAACUCCAGUGUCAGGGGCUAUUUUUCCAUAAAUUAAGAACAGGGGAAUGGUCAGCAUGGUUUUUCUUUGUUGAUGUUGCUCUCACUUCAUUUGCAGCAACUCAGAGCAGAUGUUUUAGUCUGAAAGUUCCCUGGGUUUUCACCAAACAGCUGAAUCCUGCUGUCCAUCAGGUACUGUGCAGGUGGGCAAGUCCGCCUCACUUGACCCCCUUGAGUUUUACAUGAGAAAACAAAUGCUGUGUCACCACCAAAUAAGCAUUGUGGUAGUGAGAGCUACAAUGUACUGAACCAUGAAAAACCUUUGACCACAGCUGGGACAUGUCCCUUUUGUCAUGCAUUUUGAUUCACUUACCUGACCCCCACCUCUGUACUGUCCAGCAUCCCCUCGGGGAAGCAGAAUAGAUUGCCUUGGAGUGGCCUUACUUUUCUAACAAUUUAUAAAAUGUGUGUAAUACGGCCAAGCUGUCCUUCUAUGGAAGUAGAAUCUCUUUCAAUCACAUGUGGCACAGGUGCCAAUAUGAUUGCUGCUAUUUAGUGAGAAUGGACAGAGCCCGUGACGUCUACCACUGUGCUGCACUUUGUCAGUGUCUGAAUGAGGGUGAGAACAUCCAGGGUUGUCUCUGAUUUGAGAAUUCAGAUCCUGAUAGUAAUGAGGUCACUGCUCUUAUGUAGCAAGUGUUUAGUUAUUUAAUUAUAUAAUAGGCACAUUCAGAAUGGUUUUCUGAAUUAAGGAAGAUACGUGUAAAGAUAUAUGAAAUGCCCCAAGUGAUAGUUAUUCAAACCUUUAAAGAAAAUAUUUUCAUACUUUAUGCUGCCAUAAGGUAUUUCUUAACCUUAAAUCUUCUAUUGUCCUGGUUUCAUAAGCACACCAAGGAAGCCUGACGUGCGUGCUUGUUUGUACUAUAGAAUUGGCACUUUAGCUAUAUGUGAAGGAUAUCAUUUUAACAAAUAACUGACUCUAAUAAAGUAUUUUAUUGUA